GCCUCACAGACCCUAUAUAAACAUUGUUGCAAGACGAGCCGCAACCGCAGAUGAAACAGCAGCUUCAGGGAGGAAAAGUUGUUAGAUUUGCUCUUUAGGACUUUUACAGAGAAUUACCGACGUCGACCACGGACGCAUUGGCGUAAACUACUUUGUCAGGAGGACGAUGCCUUCCCUGUGUGAUGCCGGCAGCUCGCCUCCUUCCCCGGUGGACGGAAGUCCCAGGAGAUUGUCCUGGAACAAGCUGGUGCAGAGACUCACCGACUUCAGCGGCACUGUGGAGUCCACGUCCAGCUCUGGCAGCAGGACCGACCUCUCAGACUCAGGGUUAGAUGUAUCCGGUGAGCCGUCUCCUUCUAUUGACAACCUGUUUUAUGAUCCACUGGAGGAGACCAUCCUAAAAGACGUCGUGGACCUCAUUGCCAGACGCCUGAGGGAAGCUAAAGACUCUGAUGGUUCUCUGAGGUGUGCCAAACUGCUCAUCCCAGCGAACCUCCUGCAGCACAUCGGACACGAGCUCCUCCAUCUGGCAGCUAGCGAGCCCUGUGGUUUACGCGGGGCUCUCAUUGACGUGUGCGUGGAGCGAGGGGACAUCUUGGAGAGCAUAGAGCAACUAUGUGUGGACCCUUACCUCGUCCCAACCUUCCAGCUCACUCUGGUUUUAAGGCUCGAGUCCAGCGGGCUGUGGCCAAAAAUCCAAGAACUUUUCAGCACCAAAUCUCUUCCUACUGCAGUAGUGAAACAAGCCAUUAAACUUAGCACAGGUUUCCGUGUGAUCAAGAAGAAACUUUAUUGUUCGGGAGAACUGCUCAUUGAAGAAUGUUGAAAAAUGCAGCACUUGCAUUAAGGGACUAUCAACAUUUUUGUUGUCUAGAUUUAAAAAUUUCAACUUGAGCUCAUAGAAGGGCCUGAAUAACAAUAAUAAUAGCUAUGUGUGUAAUGCAUACUGAUGUGUGAGUGUGUAGUAAUAUUCAAUGUGGCUUCUUGUUUGUGGAGCCAAUUUAAGGUAUUUACAGCAGAAAGUACUCCUUACUAGCGUUCUGCUAUAUUUUGAAAUGUUGUUGAAUCCGUAACAUGGCAGCUAGCUGUGUGGUCAGUUUUCUCUUUGCUUAUACAUGGAAGUCAACUGAUCUUUUGCACUGUAAAAUAUUUCCAAUUUUAAUCAGCAUUUCAAAUAAAGACCAACGGGUGGGGCCAACUGCCGGGAGUCAACCAAAGUCAUAGGGGCACAGAUUGAAAUGUUGAUCACUGCACACUUUGAACUCAAACUCCUCAUUUCAUUGAAGCUCUCAGUCCUGCCUGUGCCUGGCGAGAUGACGUUUAAUGUGACGCUCCUGCAUCGUGUAUCACAGGCUAACGGUUCCUCAGCUGUUUAGCUUGCAGAGGCUUUCAGCCCUGCUUAACGUGCACUUAUCAAACAUUCGGUACAAUUUCUGCUUGUUUGAGGAUCACAGCAGAUUGUGAACAAUGCAGACAAGGCUAUAGGGGACAUGAUUACAAUGUCACGUCCAUGUCAGAUUCAAAGCUAAAGCUAUUCUUUUAAAAUAGUCAGCAAUAUGGGGAAGGACUGUGCAAAUGAAAAAGCAAAAAUUAAAAGCGACAAGAAUGCUCAGUAUCAUUGUUUUGCACUUAUGUCUACAAUGAAAGCUCCACUGCCCGACACAGAGCCCCCUUCUGGUCCCAGUUCUCAUUUCAUACAGUAUAUGUAGCUCUAAAUGUUAAGUGGAUCCUACAUCAGUGUGGAUGUGUCCUGCAUUCAGAUAUACUCAUUACAUUGCACUGUUUUGUACUUUCAUGAUUCCAAAUAAAUUAUUUUUGUAAUGAC